AUGGUGCCUUCGCGUUUAGACAGCGUCACAGGCCCGAUUACCUCAGGAAGGAUGCAGGACGAAGAUUGCCUUCAUCUUACUGUGACUGCAUCAGUUGAGGCACUCACAGGUGGAAAAAAGCGGCCUGUAAUGGUGUUCCUACACGGAGGAGCAUAUGUCUCUGGUGGUGGAGACCUUGAUGCAUAUUCACCCGUCGGACUCGCACAACGCGGUCUCGUCAUGGUCAACAUCACGCAUCGGCUUGGACUCUUUGGAUACCUACCCAUCCAUGAUAGAGCCCCUGCAAACCUCGGACUCUACGAUCAAAUCAUGGCGCUAGAAUGGAUCCAGGGCAACAUUGCUGAUUUUGGAGGAGAUCCAAAUCGCGUUACACUUUUCGGAGAGUCUGCUGGCGCGGAUUCCAUCUUCUGCCUCAUGAUAGCUGAAGGGACUCGACAUCUAUUCCAUCAAGCAAUCCUUCAAAGCGCUCCACUAGGAGUGAGAAUGAUGGAUCGCGAACAAAUGAUACAAUCCCUCGGCGCUUUGGCUCAUCAUCGACUUGCAUCUUCUGAGGCACCCAGGACCAGCGAUGAGAUGCUCUCUCUGCAGGUAGAGCUACUUAUGGAGGCCAAGAAACAUCCUUCCGGAUUAAUGGCUUUUGGGCCUUCUCUGGGUCAUGCACCUCUUCCACCGCUUUCGGAGGUUUCUCACAAGGUCCAGCUGGCAGCAAAACAGAUCAAUCUAUUCGUCGGCUACACAACACAUGAAGGCGCACCCUUCGCAAGAAUGAAUGAUACCUUGCGAUCUUAUUUUGAUUUGCCACUUAUUGGAUGGCUUAUCGAGCGACUUAUGGUGUGGAUUGUUUCAAGAAAAAUGUUCAUAUGGGGAAUUGUCCAACUCCAUAGUCGUUACCUCAGGGCCGGGGGCAGUUCAAGGAAAUACAGAUUCGAUUGGUGGCCGUCGCAAAGCGACUUGCGAUCUACACAUUGUUUAGAACUCCCUUUCCUAUUGGGUACCUGGACGGACUGGGCAAAAGCCCCCAUGCUGCACGGACCGGAAUCGAGAGUUGUACUUGAAAGUUUAGGCACUAAGAUGAAGGAUUUGUGGGCUGCAUUUGCUAAGGGUUUGAUGAAAUUAGAGAAUGUAAAUAUAGUUGGAGACGAGACCUAUGGAGAGAUCAUUUCUUAA